AUGUUCGAACUUGAGGAAUUCACGCUGGAAGAUCUGCCAGAAGAUGCUGCUCCAAUCCAGGAGAGGCUAGAGAGCUGGAAGCAGUGGGCGGAUCUGGAGACCAAGAGAAGGAGCAUAUUUGCACUCUUCAUAAUCGACGCUCAGUUAGCGCGUUACCAUGGAGGUCUGCCGAUUGGGAAGCACGUACUAAACCCAUUGCAGUCGGCAGCGCCGCACGCGGUAUUCCAUGCGACCACGGUUGACGAAUGGAGUACGAAAAUGCGGCAACAAUGGAAAGAUCCACAUCCGCUGAGAGAGAUCUACAAUAUGAUCUUCGAAUCCAAAUUACCACGAGGGGCUUCUAUCUACCCGUUCACCAUCUCAGUGCUCCUCGAAGGAAUCCAGGCAGUGAUUCUGGAAAGAAACUUUGCAGGAGGGGAUGCCGUGGGCGUAGUUUCGGAAGCUGUACUCGUUCAGGCGCUCCUCACUAUCAAGACCAAGUGCUUGGGAAAUCCCGAGGUGCCCAUUGGAAAUCUGGAGCUUCAUAUUCGGUGGAAGGCACUAUGUCUCGACUUGAUAGUUGAUACCGUCAAGCUCUUCAGACAGCUCGGCGGCGAAGGGCCACCGCAGAACAUUUUCGGCGUGGGGCAAAAACCUACCAUACCCUCAGAGGGUCCUAACAGAUGGACACAGAGCCCGAAAGGACGAAGGGCAUUGCUAUUUGCAAUCGGAAUCCAAGAUCUGGCAGAGCGGUUGCCCGUAGGACGUGUUACGGCACCGAGUAUGCCUCCAGCGGUAUUUUCUGCGGCGACCAUAUAUUGUGCAUAUUGCCGAGCGGGACAAGCUGACGUUGUGGUACCGCAAGAGCUGGACUGGGCUAUAAUAGCAGGUGUAGAAGGCCACAAUGACGGACCAAUUGCGUCAAAGUGUCGGCAAUUCAUCGAGACCCAGCGCUUACAGCCAGGCUUCCGGAGAUUGAACUUGCGGCACUCGCUCUACCAGUUUCAAGCCAUGUUGCGGGCCAUGUCCACUCACUGGGGGAUAGCGGAAGAAAUGCGACAGCAGCUCUACCCAUGGACUUCGUUCGGCUCAGAAUAA